AAACUCAGAAGAAGAAGAAGAAGUCCAGCUUUUAGAUAUUGUAAUGAUACUGCACUUCUGUUUCUCAAAGCUUCUUGGUUUCUCUUUGAACACGUUCAAGUUUGAGGAGAAAUUUCCAUCAGGAGAUUAACACAGUGUCGGACGUGAGGAUGGAACAGACUUUGCUCUGGGUGCUGGGAUUAUUCUCACUGAAUCUUCUCUUCUACUGUGGACAAGCUGAAGUUGUUCUGACCGUUGAACCAAACUGGUCAGUAUUUUUCCAUGGAGAGUCUGUCACCCUCAUAUGUGACGUGAAGGAAGGACAAGAGACAGACUGGUGGUAUUCUUUCAACAGAGACGGUCAACGUUUUAUCGUGUACAGUUCAAAUAAGAAAUAUCAGAUAUACACACAAUACAUACAAACAGGACACUACUCUUGCACUGGUCGAAAUAAACUCUCAAGUAAUCAGGAGGAAAGUAAUAUGGUUCAUCUAACAGUUUUAGUGUACACACCUAAGGCAUUGAUUUUGGAAGGCAACAGUUCAACAGUGGGCGCUGUGAUGUUGACCUGCUCUGUGAGCCCAUCAACACCUGGCUGGGAAUAUUCCUGGUACAGCGGCACAAACGCCCAACCUCUGACUGCAGGGGGCACCAUUUUCCACUCGAAUGACAGAAUCAGUGUCUCACAGGAUGGACUUUACCGGUGCGCAGGAGGACGAGGAACUCCACGUUACUACACCGAGCACAGUGACACAUUUGUUGCCAUCACACCUGUUGUGAAGCUGAACCACAACUGGCCUGAGGUUUUCUACGGAGAGGAGACCAGGCUCACGUGUGAGAUGAAGGGUGGAGAAAACGUCGUGUGGGAGUAUGAGUGGAUGAAACAGCAAGUUGUUCUUCCAGAAAACAAAAAGGAACAUGUAGUUGUCCAUGCUACAACAUCAGACUACAUGUGUAGGGCAGAAAGUACAUAUGGCCAAACACGGUGGAGUAAAGCUUUCAGACUGACAGUAAUUGAUUCACCUAAUCUCUCUGUGUCGUCAUUGUGGCCAAAUCCCGGAGCAUCGGUUAAUCUGAACUGUGCUGCUAAACAUCCGUCUGCAGGCUGGAGGUUCUACUGGUACAAGCUUAUUCCUGACAUAGCCCGAGAAUACUUAUACGACUAUGAGCUGCUGCCUGGAAGCACAAACGGGACCACACAGGAUUCCUAUGUCGUCUAUAAUCACACAAAUACAGCAGGGUAUGCAUGCAGAGCAGGAAGAGGAGACCCAGUGCAUUACACGUCUUACAGUCACAAGUUUGUCUGGUCCAGAGAGUUUCAGUCACCACCGUCUCUCAGAGUGAGUCCUGACAAAGUUCAACACUUCUGGUCAGACUCUGUGUCACUGACCUGUGAGGGAAACUCGUCCACACAGUGGACAGUGGUGAAGUUUGGUCAAGACGGUUUUACAAGUCAGCGAUGCUCCGGCUUUGGGACACUGACUGGAUCAACAUGCACCACUCAGUUAAAUGAGCAACAUGCAGUGUACUGGUGUGAGUCUAAGUCAGGACAAUUCAGCAGCGCUAUCAACAUCAGUGUGUCAUUCAAAGAUAUUCUACUUGAUAGUCCGACACAUCCUGUGGCUGAAGGAGCAGCUGUUACUCUUCGCUGCAAGCUGAAGACGGGGAACUUUGUUGCUAAUGUUGUCUUCUAUAAAAACGACAAAGUCGUCCAGAAUGACAUGAGAUGGACGCUGACGAUCCCUGCGGUGUCAGAGUCACAUGAAGGCUUUUACAGAUGUGAAAGAAAAUAUUCUCAGCGGACUCUGACUUCACCACAGAGUUGGAUUUCAGUCAAAUCUUUGUCCAAACCAGAAAGCUCUCCAGGUCAUUUGCCUCUGAUUGUUGGAUUGGUUUGUGGAGUUUUAGUAAUAAUUCCUCUGCUGCUGUUUUUUUGCUACGGAACAUCUAAAGACUCAAAUGGUAACAGUCAGACAUUUGCCACAGACCAAACUGUCAAUCAAGGGGAAAAUCAACAGCAGGUGUACUCGACUCUUCUUCACGGUGACGUUUGUAUCUAUGAAACAGUUGGAGGCGCUGGAAACAUUGGGACUGGACACCAACAUGCUGAGGUGGAGGAGCUUAACUACAACUAUGAAAAUGUAGAUUCAGGUGCAUGUAGAACUAUUACCAUGGAUAGGCAAAUCAGCAAUUAGCAAAAUUGACCAGAUGAUGCUCAACUUUAACCAUAAAAGACCUCCAUGAACAAUUUUCUUUUUUAAUGUCAGCCGGGAUUGGCUUGGUACUCAGUGUCAAAUUAACCACUGCAUGUUUGUGGAGUGCGGGAGGAAACUGGAGAACCCAUAAAGAACCCAAACACACACAGGGAGAACAUGUAAAGUCCACACAGACAAACGCCCUCAGUUGAACCAGGAAUCGAACCUACGACCUUCUUGACCUACUCUACUGUGUGGACUCCUCUUGUUCAUUAAUUAUUUCAUUAUCAUCUUAUCUUUUUCUUUUAAUAAAAA